GAGCGGAGCCGCGGCGGUUCGGGCAGAGGAGGUGUGCGACAGCGGCAGCCAGCAUGCGCGAGUGCAUCUCCGUCCACGUCGGCCAGGCCGGCGUCCAGAUGGGCAACACCUGCUGGGAGCUGUACUGCCUGGAGCACGGCAUCCAGCCCGACGGGCAGAUGCCCAGCGACAAGACCAUCGGUGGGGGGGACGACUCCUUCACCACUUUCUUCUGUGAGACCGGCGCCGGGAAGCACGUCCCGCGGGCCAUCUUUGUGGACCUGGAGCCCACUGUGAUCGAUGAGAUUCGAGGAGGGGUCUACCGGCAGCUCUUCCACCCCGAGCAGAUGAUCACUGGCAAGGAGGAUGCUGCCAACAACUAUGCUCGUGGGCACUACACCAUCGGCAAGGAGAUCAUUGACCAAGUGCUGGACAGGAUCCGGAAGCUGGCUGACCAGUGCACGGGCCUCCAAGGCUUCCUUGUGUUCCGCAGUUUUGGAGGUGGCACUGGCUCAGGAUUCACCUCCCUGCUGAUGGAACGACUCUCCGUUGACUAUGGCAAGAAGUCCAAGCUUGAGUUCUCCAUCUACCCGGCCCCACAGGUCUCCACCGCUGUGGUGGAGCCCUACAACUCCAUCCUCACCACACAUAGCACCCUGGAGCACUCAGACUGUGCCUUCAUGGUGGACAACGAGGCCAUCUACGACAUCUGCCGCAGGAACCUGGACAUCGAGCGCCCAACCUACACCAACCUCAACCGCCUCAUCAGUCAGGUUGUUUCCUCCAUCACCGCCUCUCUGAGGUUCGAUGGGGCACUCAACGUCGACCUCACUGAGUUCCAGACCAACCUGGUGCCCUACCCUCGCAUCCACUUCCCCCUGGCCACCUACGCCCCAGUUGUUUCAGCCGAGAGGGCUUAUCAUGAGCAGCUGUCGGUGGCUGAGAUCACCAACUCAUGCUUUGAGCCGGCCAACCAGAUGGUGAAGUGCGACCCUCGGCACGGCAAGUACAUGGCGUGCUGCCUGCUGUACCGCGGGGACGUGGUGCCCAAGGAUGUCAAUGCCGCCAUCGCCACCAUCAAGACCAAGCGCAGCAUCCAGUUUGUGGACUGGUGCCCAACUGGUUUCAAGGUGGGCAUCAACUACCAGCCGCCCACGGUGGUGCCGGGGGGAGACCUGGCCAAGGUGCAGCGCGCCGUCUGCAUGCUGAGCAACACCACGGCCAUCGCCGAGGCGUGGGCGCGCCUGGACCACAAGUUCGACCUGAUGUACGCCAAGCGCGCCUUCGUGCACUGGUACGUGGGCGAGGGCAUGGAGGAGGGGGAGUUCUCCGAGGCGCGGGAGGACAUGGCCGCCCUGGAGAAGGAUUACGAGGAGGUGGGCCUGGACUCCUACGAGGACGAAGAGGAGGGCGAGGAGUAGAGCGGCCGCCCAGCGCGGGACCUCGCUGCUUUCCCAUGUCACCUGCGGAAACCCUUUGCAAUAAACCGUUUGAGAACC